UCAGUCUCCACCGCACAAACUCUGGUGAAGCCGCUGGAGACCAGAGAAUUGCUGCAGAAACACACGCAGAGAAAGGCGAUGGUGCAGAAGGUCUGUGUGUUUGUGUGUGCGUGUGUGCAUCACACCUCUCUCAGGAAUGACGGUUCCUCUUCCAACAGGUGUCUGUCGAAAACCACACCAGCAGGCAGGAAGGUAGAUCCCCGCUUCACCAGGAUGCGCUUCUAAGCAGAUCUGCUUUGUUUGUUGAGGUGUCGGCGCCUGCCGCCAGUAGUUGCUCCUUCUCCACAGCGCCUUGCCCUCCACCUUCGUCGGGUUUUAGUGCUCUCGACCCUAACACAAACCAUUGGUCUCAACACAGUGUUUGAUGGUCUGUUACUUAAUCCACUGAGGUCGUUCGUUCUCAAUAUGUGCACCGUCGCUGACAUGAUUGGCGUCGACCAAGCAGCUCCUUGGUGAAACGCCAGUCAACCAUCACAUCAGCAGCUGCACCCAUACUGAUCAACGGCGGCUCACUCGUUAACUCACCCGACUCGCUCAU